UGAUAUAUAAAAGAUUAUUGCUAUUAUUAAACACCAACUCUACUAAUAAACAUUUAGUUUUAUAAGGUUAGGCACUUCAAUCACAAGUAUUAGGUUGACUGGUGAUUUACAAGUCUUAUGAGAGGUCUACAGAGCCAUAAGAGCACUCAAGAGUAUUAGAUGAUUUUUGAUGGAAGAAGUUGCAUGAAGAAUAAAGAAAAGCUCACUUUCAAGACAAAAAGAGAGGAACAAUGUUGGUGAUUGAAGACAUCAUCAGUUGAUGGUACAUAAACCACAGACCUGGUAGGCUUAAUAAGGGAACAUAGGAUAAUAGAAUUAAGAAAGUGAAUCUACUUCAUAUGGUGUUUUGAGAGAGAUAUCACCACAAGAAAAGCAAUCAGAUUUGUACCCUUCAUUCACUUUUGCAGCAGUUAUUAUUCUGGUAUUUGACUGGUCUGGCAGUCAACAUCCUUAUAUGGGCAAAGAGUUUUGUAUUUUUAAAAAUAUUUUCAUGACCUAAUUAUCUCACUUGAUUUGUGACUAUGUUCUGUCUUUAUUGGAAUUAUGGAAAUAGACUCUGUAUAUGUGAGGGUGAAUGUGUGUGUGACCAUGUGUUUGGAAGGGUCAAGAAGUGAGGAAAUCAUUCACUAAUUCACUGAAUUAAAAGAAACAAUCUACUUCAUUUGGGGUUGGCACUAUAACCAGUAAGUAGAAGAGAUGGUUUAGGUUUCCUGAGCCUGAAUGAGGAAGUUUGGAAAGCAAUCUUUUGGGGGGUGGAGAGACCAAGAAAGAAGAAGAGUGAGUCAUUGUGGGAUUAAAACACUUAAAAGAAAGCUUCUGCACAGAAACAGCCAAGAGAGAAGAAAACUGAAGGAAAAGAAAAGACGGAGCUAAUGUUCAUCAAUUCUGUCCCUAAUAACCUACUCCAUGGCUGACCUUGUGGCCCUUAUUUACAUGUCAGUGUUAUGGACCUCAGCAUGCUGCCUGAAACAGGAGCAAGAGGAACUUUCAGCCAAAGUACCAGGCCUCUCAGUUACAGUUGUGAAUAAAGAUCCAAGGAAAACGGAGUUAACCUGGGACAACACUGACAAUAUCACAACACCUACAUAUGUAAUGGAAACACACAAUUCGCCGGUGAUGGAUGAGAACUAUAUCAAAAAAGUCUGCUGUCACUUUUCUACUUGUAGAGCCACAUUUAUGCAUUAUCUGGCUAUAUAUCAGAACACAUCCAAAAGAGAAGUCAUUUUUAAUAACAUUGGAGAAGAAGAUACAGCUGCAACAAACUUUUCCUGUCUUGUUUACAAUGCUGAAUUCAUGAAUUGCACUUGGACAAUAGGCAGAGCAGCUCCAAGUGAUGUACAAUAUCAUCUUUAUUCACAGACUGCUAAGGGAAAACAAGAGACAGAAUGUACUAGUUACAUAAGAAAUUCCCAGGCAAGACAUAUUGGAUGUCACUUUGAUAAACUCAAGGAAUUCAAAGGUCAAGCAUACUUCCUCAUAAAUGGAACCAGCAAAAACGUCAAAAUAAAAAAUUUUUGCUCUGAAAAAAUUUUCCUACUUCAUAUAGAAAAGUACAAUCCACCAUCUAAUAUCACUGUGAACUGCUCAAAAUCAAAUUGUCUUAUACAAUGGCAGAAACCUAAAACAAGAAUUAAAUUUGGUGACAGUGAAUGGGAUUACCAGCUUGAUAUACAAAAAGAGGGUUCUCUGGAUACUUACGAGUUGUUGAAAAUUAGGGGAACUGAAAAAAAUGAGUAUGAGUACCCACUUUAUGACACAGAAGCGAAGUAUAUCUUGAAAAUGAGAACAAAUCAUCGAAAUGAGAAUUGGAGUGAUUGGAGUAAACCUAUAGUGUUUGGAGGUUUUAAAGAAGAAAAAAUCAAUCUUAUAUAUAUUUAUGUAUUAGUUGGGACAGCUAUCAUUACAUUAUUCGUCUUCUUUAUUUUUAAAAGGUACUAUAUCAUGCAAAGGUUAUUCCCCCAGAUUCCUCAGAUUAAAGACAAAGUGAAUAUCUGCGAACAACUGAAUAAACAGAUCAUCUGGGAAGAAUUUAAACAUCCAGAAAAAUGUGAAGAAAUUAUGACUAUAGAUGUAAUAGGAUGAUAUCAAAUGGCCAAAGGAAGAUGUGAAUUUCAUCAAUAUUGCUACCUAUUGGAGUUUGAGGAAUUUUUUUUUACAUUUUGUUCAGCUCAGCAGAGAUAGUGGAUAAAGAACAAGCUUCAAAGCCAAGAAGACAUGGGUUCAAACCACCUCAACACAUAAUGUGACCUUGGGCAAGUUGUUUAACCACUCAUUGCUCUCCAUAUCUUUGAAGGUGCCAAUCUGGAUCAUCAGAAGUAGUUCCCUAUUGGAAGAUUGAGUUUCUAUUCCUAUCCAUAUCUGUAUGUUUCUUUUUUAUUUUUAAUUAAGAGAAUGGUAUUGAUCAAUUCUCAUUAUCUUUCCAGUCACUCAAGUUCACAACCUCAGGAACAUCCUCAACCUCCAAUAUCUCUCACUCCAUAUAUCCAAUUAGUUACCAAGUCUUUGAUUUGUCAUUCAUAGCAUAUCUCAUAUUUGUCUCUAUCUCCUCACAAGGCCACACCACUCUGAUUCAGCACCUCAGCACUCUCAUCUGGACUAUUGGUCCCUGUGCUUCACAUCUCUUCUUCUCAUAUUCAAGCUCACUUGAUCCAGUCUCCUUCUUUGACACAGUUAAACAUGCUAAAGUCUCUUCCACCCUUAAAAACCUUUACUUUUUUGCUCUCAUCCUCUCAAGCUAUCAUCCUAUAUCUCUUUCUUUCAGAACCAAACUCCUAGAAAAUAUUGUCUACAUUAUUUCUAGAUAUCCACCUCCCACUAACUUCUCUGCUUCUUGCAAACUAACUCCUGACACCAGCAUUCAACUGAGUCUUAUCUCUCCAAAGUUGCCAACAACUUUUUAGCUACUAAGCAUAACAGAAUGGCAAGGAAUUGAAUGGAAAAACAUUUAUCCAGUAAUUACUAUGUGCCAAGUACUAAACUAAAUCCUCAUGAUAAGGAGAGAAAAGCAAGAUAAUCCCUCCACUUGAUGACUUCACAACUAAUACAGCUCAUAUAGGAAGAAUCAACUUUAAGGCAGAUAGUAAGGUCUAAUGGUCACCAUCUAGUCAAGUGUAAAGUUGGUGCUUCCUUGCUCAUCCAAGCAGUGUAAGCUCCAACUAAUGAAGUAUUUGGAAAGAGAUAAUGGUUCCAACGAUUGGGCUGGACUAUAGCUCUGAAUUAUCUCCAACUAGGGGAUCAAAUUUAUUGAGGAAAAAGCAACAAAAGCACUUUAGGAACUGAGUGGUGGAGUGUAGGGCAGAGAAGGGAAAGAGCUUAUAGAAGAUUCCCAUUAGGACUUAUGAUAAAGAACACUACCCACAUCCAGAGAAAGAACUGUGGGAAUAGAAACAAAGAAGAAAAACAUAUGAUUGAUCACAUGGUUCGAUGGGAAUAUGAUUGGGGAUGUUGACUUCAAGUGAUCACUCUAUUGCAAAUAUUAAUAAUAUGGAGAAAGGUUUUGAAUAAUGAUACAUGUAAAGCCCAGUGGAAUUGCUUGUUGGCUCCAGGAGUGGGAAGGGAAGAGGAGGGAAAGAAUAUGAAUCAUAUAACCAAGGAAAAAUAUUCUAAAUUAAUUAAUUUAAUUAAAAAUUAAAUUUGAAAAAAGAAGAUUCCCAUUAGGAUACAAUGAAUGACCUUUCCUCACUCUUCAUUCUACCUGAUUUACAAUAGACAAUUUCCUUUUUCUAGAUACUAUUUACCUACUUUUCCGUUGUAACACUGUUCUCUCCUUGUUCUCUACCUAUAUGUCUGACUUCCUUGAUUUUCUUUGGUAUGCAUUAAACUAGGUCCUACCUCCUAAUUUGGGGAGCAAUUCAAGCUUCUCUCAAGGGCCCUCUUUUCUUCUCUCUAUAGCCUCUCAUUUAGUAAUCACAUCAGUUUGUAUGAUUCAAUUAUCAUUUCUAUGUAGAUGACUUCCAUAAAUAUUUAUUUUAUAUUCAUUUCCAAUCUCUCCUAAACUCCAGAUACUACUAGAUCUUUCCACUUGAAUAUCCCAUUGAAAAUCUCAAAAUCAGCAUGUCCAAAAUGGAACUCAUCAAACCUAUCCCUCCUACAAACUUUCUUAUUUCCAUUGAAGGCAUCACUAUCCUACCUAUUAUCUAUGUUUGCAUCCUUAGAGUUAUCUUUGGUUUUUCCCUUUUACUACCCACUCCUAUCUCCAAACAAUUGUCAGAUCAUGUCUGUUUCCACAACUCUUGAUUCUGUCACUUUCUUUCCACUCACAUGGUCACUAACUGAUUGCUGGUCCUUUUCACCGCUUUCUUGGAUUACUUCAUUCUUCCUGUUUUCAGUCAUUCCCCCAUUCAGUCCAAUUUAAGCCCAUUUUCUGAACUAAUAGGUUUAAUCCAACAAUAUAAAUCCUACUGGGCCCAAGGACUGGUGCCUCUAUUAAGGGUCCCUUCUAAAUGAAGUCCAUGAAGUCCAGACUGAUUUCAGUCCUGGAUGAUUUGUGCCUCUGGUAAGAGGGAAACAGAUUCCUUUUUCUUAUUCAUUAGCUCUUUAUACUCCUAUCCUGACACUUGAACAGAAAGGUUACUUAAAACUUAGAUUUUAAUUUAUAUGCAGGGUCUUCCCAAAGGCAAAGGUGGAAAAGUAUUCAAUAUUAAACAUAAUACAGAUAUGAGAGACAGACUGAGAUAAUUAGUGGAUAUGUGAUUUCUUUGGUAAAGUAAACUCCCAAUGAGGAAACUAGCUCUAUCAAUGCAGGGAACCAUCUUCUCUGUAACUUGGAGGCCUAGAGAGUUAUUUAGAACAUUGAGAAGUUAAGUGACUAAUCCAAAGUCACAGAGCCAGUUUAAGAUAGGACUUAAACCCAGGACUUCUGGCUUCAGGGUCAGCUUUCUAGUCAAUAUGCCAGUUGUUUCUUUUUUUAAAAAACACACACACCCCCAAAAAACAAAAAAUACAGGCUCUAAAGAGAGUGCAUAAACCAAAAACUUAAAAUCCAACAAUCAAUAGAAAUAGCUACUGAUAUACUCUGCCAGGAAAUUAAGACUUUUAAAACCUUCAAAACAUAAAGCAUUUACCAGAACUGCUGAAUAGCCAUUUUACAUUUCAUCUCAUCUCUGCAUUGUUCUUCAUCUUCUGGCUCAGUUCAUUUUCUCUCCAAAAACACUGGAGUAGUUGGCAGGCAUUCCCCAAAUCCAUCUGGCACUAUCUGGAGACCCAGAACCUCCAAACCUCUGGAACUCAUUAGAUAACCUGUGAAUCUUAAAAUUUCUCAGACUUGUGAAUCUUAAAAAUUCUCAGACUCUACCUUAGAACAUUUUUGGUUAAGGCUGCUAUCCCCUUAUUUUUCAAUGAAGGUACUUAGUCAGGAAUGUAGGUGGGAACUCUAACAUUACUCCACCCAUACUUAGGCAUACUUUAGGGGAAGAUAAAGUUGUAAACUCCUGAUUGAACAAUGAAAAGUCCUCAACCCAUACUUAAAGUGAAGCAAGAACCUUUAAGCUAGGUCUAUUUUUAGAUCUAAUACAAAGGGGUGCUAAGUACCUAUGAAGAUGAACUUGCAAAGGACAAUAUUAGUCUACUCAAGUGUGAAUUACUCAAAAGUUUUAGUCUACUCAGGUGUGAAUUAAGAAUGGUCAGUCCUUUGGAAAAUGUCUACUGUGAUUGGUAGACAUAGAAAUUUAGGGCAGGUGAUCUCUCUCUCUCUCUCUCUCUCUCUCUCUCUCUCUCUCUCUCUCUCUCUCUCUCUCUCUCUCUCUGAACUUAGUUCACCUUCCUGAGCUAAACUGGAGGGUCUCUCUGAACACUCGAGUUUUGCUUGGAAGGAUCUCGUAGUGAGUUGAUAAAAGACUGACUAGUCUCUCGCUUAGGCCCUUCAUACUAUAUUUCUCUUAUUCUUUCUCCUUUUUCCUAAAAUUCCUUUAUUUGUAUUAAUUAAAAUCUCCAUAAAACCCAGCUGACUUGGGUAUUUCAUAUUUUGGGGAAUUUUCCCAUGGUGACCACUUUAUUUUUAAUAUAAAACCAAGACACUAAAAAUUAUCUUUACAGUUUGGGCUAUUUAAAGACUUGAAACCAUAUUUUCGUGGUCACAGUUUAUGGCAACUACUCUUUUGUCUGUAACAAACCUCCAAACCUGAACAUGUAUACCUCAUGGUCAAUGUUUGAUUACUCAGGAUCAGUCAAAUAAACACAAAACAAAAGAAACAGGACCUGGACAAACUUAUCUAACUGAUUCUACCACUCCUGCUCUCAUAGCCACAUGGGAGAAACUGACAUGCUCUUAGUAUGAGGGAAAAGGGCUUCAUCGCUCAUUUAUCUCCCAUGGGACAAUAAUAACAUGAUCUACAAUCAGAAAAUAACUGAAAGAGAGUCACUCCCUUUUACUGAGGCACUGAUUGAGUAUUUUUUCCAUAUGAAGCAAUUUGUCCUAAGGUCCAAUAUAAUAACCUCAAGUUUUCCCUGUCAUCUCGCCAUUGAACUGAAUUUUUUUAUAAAUUUGACUUGUUGACCCCUGGCAUACUAUUUGUCCCAAACUUAUCUUAUUAAUGUUUGAUGCAUACAAUUACUAUUUAUGUAUCUACUUUUCCAUAUAUUUCAAAUUACUGCCCUAAUGAAUUCUUCAUUCUUGUUAACAAUUCUAUUUAUCCUCCAUAUUCGACAUGGCAUCUCCUAUUUAUAUGUCUUUGAACAGGCUGUCCUCCAUUCCUAAAAUGCAUACCCUCUUUAUCUCUGCCUCUUAGAAUCUCUAUGUCCUUCAAGGGGCAACACAGGUGGCAUGUAGGGUGCAAACUUUUCCUGAUUCCCCUUAAUCAUUUAUGUUCUCACUUUCUUAUUCUUGUGAAGGAUAAUUUCCUUUUAAGUUAUUGUAAUUACUGAAGCAGUUAUGCUGAUGAUAAUUUCUGAGACAGUUGUUGGUUUUUUAAUAUAACAAGUAAUCACAUACUUAGAACAAAUCUAACUUUUCUAUGGUUGUAGAACUAUUUGAUGAUUGCAGAACCAAUAUAACUUAUCCAAUUAUAAAGAGGGCUGAGGAUUUGGUUAAUAAGCAUAUGCUAAAGUUGAAUGUGGCAUUUAAAGAACCUAUCAAAAUAUGAGAGAACAGAAGAUGAAAGAACCAAUUUCAGAACUACAUCAUCUAAUCUUGAAAGUGGAAGUGACUACUAUUAUGUUUGAAGAAUAAGUCCAACUGAUAAGAGAAAUUAUUUGGGAAAAGGGAGUCAAUGAAGCUACCUAGUAGACUAAAUGGUUCAGCUAUGAAGAAUUUGUUAAGCAUAGCAUGGAUUGACCCAGCUUAAUCAUGGAAACAGAUUCAGCAGAAAAGUAUAUUAAUGAAGGAACUUUUAUAAACCUUUUCUUAGGCAUGCGGAAAAUAGUGAAGUUUAUAAUUGCAAGGUUCUGAGUUAUCCCAAGCACAUGGGUUUUUUACAUUCAUAUGCCUCCUUGGCAAGAAGGCAGUGUGUGCCUACUCUCCCUCACAGUUCAUUAUUGGAAGACUAGGACCCAGUAAUAUGUAUGGAUUGAGAUGGAUUUCUUAUUCAUGUACUUAGAAUACGAGCACCUGUGAUGGAAUGGGGGAGGUGGGUUGCAUCAAUGUUAAGUCAAUAAUGAAUUUAAAUAUAUACAGGUAUUAUUAUUAUUAUUAUUAUUGGUUGCUUUGUGGAAAUGGAUACAUAUCUGUAAGGAUUUAAGAGCUGAAGUUAUGAUUAGAGUAAGUAUAUUCCUCCUCUAGCAGAGUUACUUUCUAGUCUCUGUGGGAACUUGAGUCUAGCUGCUCUGUGAUUUGUCCUUGUCAGGACAAAUGAGACCUCCUAGUGUAAGAAUAUGUUGAAUGAGUAAGUGACCCAUUCCACUCACUAGCAGAAUGCUCACUUCCUAGUAUAAGCAGUAGGAGGUACUAUAGUGUGAGUGGUCACAAUAGACACCUUUUAUAUAUUCCCCUCCUUGAGAAUAUGGAUCUUUUUUUUAUUUUGUCUUUGUAUCUCUGAAGUCUAGAACAUAAAAAUCAUUUUAAGAUCAGAUACUCUGGAGGCAGCUGGGUUGCUCAGUGGAUUUAGAGCCAGUCCUAGAGAUGUGAGGUUCUGCAUCAGACAAUUCCUAGUUGUGUGACCCUAGGCAAGUCACUUAAUCUCUCUUGCUUAGCCCCUACUGCUCUUACUUGCCUUAGAACCUACUUGCCUUAGAACCAAUACCCAGUAUUGAUUCUAAGACAGAAGAUAAGGGUUUAAAAAAAAGACCAGAUACUCUAUCCUACCCCAUAUCCCAUUGUGAGACAGAUAGCACAUAAGGUAGCAUAUCCUUCCUGUACCUGAGUGAAAUCUUUCUCUUGGUUGGGGAUUGGGAAUGAGAAAAUAAGGAGAAGAGAGGAGAAAGGAGGAAGAGGAAAAUAGUAAAAGAGGGCAUCAGGAGAAGAUAGACCAACACCAAGAUGAAUGAUCAGGAGAGUGUGAUUUGUUGACUUACGUUAAUGAUAAUUUCAUCCUUCAGAAGAUGGAAGAACCAACAAAGGGACUUUAUACUAGAUGAGAUUCCAGCUAACACGGAGAAGCAAAUUGUUAAUAGUGGAAAUGAUUGAGCCCUGGGGAUAGAGAAGGGUAGGGAAGGGGAAGAAAUACAACCUUUUUAUCAGAAUGUACUCUUUGAUCAAAAUAAUACUCAUUCUGUUACAAAUUAAAUAACAACAUCUGGCUAAAAUGUCCCAUAACACACAUUUUUCUUUUGGACUGAAUAACAAAAAUUUACAGUUACCUUGAAUGCUACUUAUGCUGAAUAUUACUGACCCCUCCUACAUGCAGUACUCUCUAACUUCCAUGGAUCCCAUAAAUGUUGCACCAGAUACAAAACUAUCAUUUCCAGAGCAAUUUUCCCAUAGGGACAGACUAUCCCAUUGAUCAAUUCAAAUGUCAUAGAAUACUGUUGAUGGGCUAUAUAUUCUAAGCAGUACUGAAUAUACUGCAAAUGCUAUAUAAGCCAAAGCUGUACCCCAGAAAACAAUCCUCCUUAGUGUGCUAAUAAAUUCGUUUUCCUUUCAACUUAGCUAAUAACUUUAUUUGCCCUCAGGACAUGAGUUUUUGAGGAUGGGUGAGAUUCUUUUCCAGGAAUUCCAUCUGAGAAAUUAUUCUCCACUUCCCCUUAGAAUUGUGAUAAAAGAAAGAAAAUCCAUGCAAAGUCAAAUAGACUCUCUAUACUUUGGGAAAAGCAAAUUUCAAAAAGUUCAAAGGAAAGAUGGGUCGGUUUCCAUCUAAUAAGAUGCUGCAGGGUGUAAAAGGGGAAAAUUACAUGCCAAAUCUUCUAGGAAAAACUUUUAUUCAUUUGGAUUAUCCUAAUCUAAGCACAUUUGCUAAGAAGGAAGAGCCAUAGAAUCACCCCACCCCCCCAAACCCUGAUGGAAAAAUCUCUCUCUAACGUAAGCUAUUUUGAGAUUACAGUUAUAAUAUCUUGUAUAAUAUACAAAGCCAGAUUGGUAGAACAAUGGAUAGAAUGCUAGAUCUUGAGUCAGGAAGACUCAUCUUCCUCAGUUCAAAUCUGGCCUCAGAUACUUACUGUGUGACCCUGGGUAAGUCACUUCAACCCAUUUGCCUCCGUUUCCUCAUUUAGAAAAUGAGCUGGAGAAGGAAAUGGCAAGCCACUCUAGUAUUUUUGCCAAGGAAACCCCAAUUGAGAUCAUGAAGAGUCAGAUACAACUGACAUAAAGUACAAAUUCCACAAUGAGAUUGAAAAAAACAAACUUAACAAUAGUAUUCACCAUAAAGUUCAGGUAACAUUUUACUUCAUCAAAUAGAAGUCACUUAACUUUCAAUUAAGUUAACAGUUAACUUUCAGUUAGCCAUUUAUUCCCUCAGUUCCAGUAAAAAUGGGGAUCCUAUCAGAGUUUUAAUCAGUUUAUUAAUAAAAUGAGAAGGUAAGAGAUGAGAGAAGAUAUAGAUGGAUUUCUCUUAAAGAAGGAUUAACCUGAUUAUAGAGUCUCCAUUUAGCUGGGCCAAGGCCUAUCUUCUUCCACAGCAGUGCUGGGAGUCAGUGUCUUCAAGAGAAGAAAUGCAAAAGACCCUCCCCAAGCCCCCAACCCCAUGCUUCCCCUGCUGGCCUUACCUAUCCCCCUAGUUCCUCCCUCCAUGGUAAUGUUGCAUGUUGACACUCAGGCAGGCACCAGUGGAUGCCAAGCUGUUAGAUAUGACAGUAGGUUAUAUCUACUGUUGGGGCCAUGGUGGGAUGGAACUAUAUUUUCCUCACACACCUCUAUGACCAUUCCCUUUAAGGAUUCUCUUUUCAAUACAAAGAUGAAUUGAGGAAACAUUCUUAUUAAUUAAUUAAAAGUAAUCAAUGGAUAAUAUUAAGAAAUAAUAUUUUCUACAACCUAAAACCCUUUCAAGGAUUUUUGGUUUAGGAAAGUGAAUGAAACAAAGGCUGAGGUCCCAGGAAUGAAUCAAAUCACUUUCCAAUAAUUCACAGGCUGUAAUCCUUCCAGUGCCCAUUUCCUCAAGCAAACCUCAGGUCUUUGUGAUGGUAAAGGCCUUCUUCUGGUACAGUAGGAGUUUGGGGUAGAGAAGAGCUGAUCCACAUUAUCCCCAACCCCUUCCACCCCUCUCAAAAUUCCAGUGGUAUUCUGUUACCUUCCAGAAACAGAUAUGAAGUCCUCUUGUUUUUAUUCAUGCUGCUAGCAUAAAUAAAUAAGCCCAUAUUUAUUUCUCUAACAUUCCUCAAUAAACCCUCAAAAUUAAUAAUAGCAAGGAAGACCUUUUCAACUAGUGAAGGAAGGAAUCCAGCAAUUUUAAUAGAAUAAGUUCAUCCAAAACUAUAUUUUAACAUAUCAUGAAACUUUCCUUAUUCAAGAGUCUGAAAAAUAUUAGUUGAGAGACAUGUUUGAAGGCAAGGGACACUGGGGGAAUGAGGAGAGCUGUGCCAGUUGAAACAGUCUUCCCCCCCAUGUCUAUCUGUCUGUAUUCUCUCUCCCUCCCUCCUUCCCUCCCGCUCCCUGCCUCUUUAUCUCUCAACUAGAAAUGGUUUGGAUAUUAGGUCAACAUUGAAUUAAAUUGUUUCUGGCAAACUUGUACUUUAAAUAUAGUGUACUAUAUUAAUAUUUUUUCUUUAACAAAUUCAUAUGGUUAUUUACCUCUCAAAACUCCAGUGAUACUGUUACUUUCCAGGAACAUAUAAGAAAUCCUCUUUUUUUUCUUCAUGCUGUUAAGCAUAAAUAAACAAGUCCACAUUUAUGUCCCUAUCAUUCCUCAGUAGCAUCUACUCAUUCUGUUUCAAGGUCCUGUAAAGUAUUCCUAUAGAAUAUUCUCUGUAUUCAUUAUCUGUUAAGUGACUUUCUUUCUUCUCUGCAUGCUAUUUUAAAAUCUUAGCCAGUCUGAGUUCCUCGCACACACAUAUUGUGCUCAUUUUUAUAACUCCCCAGUUUCUUACUCAGAGUAAUAAUUUCUAUCAUGAGAAUGUCAUUUUUUCAAACUUCCCACACUUCUUGUUUGAGCUGACUUCUUUCAUAAUAUGUUAAGUAAUUUUCUUCCAAAAUUUACUCUGUGUAUUAUCACACUGUCUGGCUUUCUUUUCCUUCCUCAUCAUGAAUUUUAAAACAGAGUCUACAUUUUGCCCCUAAGGUUCCUAUCAUUUUAUAGUUGCAACAAGUUCCUCCUCUGUUGGUCACAAUCAGACCCAGAAUAGAAGUUCCCUUUAUUGUUUCCUCCACCUUUCAAAGAAUUAAAUUUCAAUGAAUACAAGUCAAUUUAUCAGCUGGUUUUCUUUUUGCCAAAGAGAGGGUUCUAGCAGAUGUCCCACUCUUAUAUAAUACAUUGUCCCAAGUUGAUGGUCUGUUCCCCAAUUGUGUCACCUAUUUCUCCCUUUUUUGCGCCAUCCACAAAAGAAGUUGGUUGGCAAGAUACCCCCAUGAAAAUGUCACUUUUUUCUCCUUCUUUUGACCAAAUGGAAGAUUUUAUCCUCACUAGUUCAUCAGAGUUUCCAGUUUAGUGUAUUGGUAAGAUUUUGAUAAAUGCUUACCAUGUACUAGGUGCUGUGCUUAAAGAAGAAAUAGAACCUUGUAUAAAGACUGUAUUAAAGGCAGAAGGGGAGAGGUGAAGCAACAAAUAUUUAUAAAGCUCUACUAUAAGUCGAGCACUAUGCUAAGAGCUUUAUGAAUAUUAUCUCAUUUGAUCCCCUCAAUAAACCUGGGAGGUAGGUGCUUUGAAUGUCAAAAAGAGCAUUUUAUAUUUGCUCCUGAAACAAUAGGAAGCCAUUGGAGUUUAUCCAGUGUUGGGGUGGGGGUGGGGUAGGAAUGAGGAAGAGAUGGUUAGACCUGCAUUUAGGGGCUGAAUAGUGAAAUAGAGGGAGAUUUGAAGAAGGCUGACUCACCAUCAGGCUGUUGAAAUAAUCAAGGUGCCCGGUGAUGAAGGUCUGCUCCAGAAUGGUGGCAGUACCAGAAGAGAGAAGAGGGAAUAUUUGAGAGGUAUUGUGACGGUGAAAUCUACAAGUCUUGGCAACAGUUUGAAUAUGGAGGGUGAGAGAUGGUGAGGAAGCCAGGAUUGGUCCUAAAUUGAAAGCUUGAGGAACUUUAUUGUAAUUUUAAAAAGGCUGGAAGGGGAAAGGGUUUAUGGGGAAAGAUAAUGACUUCUAUUUUGAGCAUAUUGAAUUUAAGAUAUCUCCUGGGCAUCUAAUGAGCUGUCUGAAAGGCAGCUGGAUAUGUAAGAUUGGAGAUCAGUAGAGAGAUUGGGGCAGGAAACAUAGAUUUGAAAAAUCAUCAGCCUUUCUCAAAUCUAUGGACACUAAUGAAAUCACCAAAUGAAGUUAUAGAGAGAAGAAGAGAAUGGGGAUCCAGGACAAAAUCGAGAGGGACACCCAAGGUAAGAAGGCAUGAUCUAGAGAAGGACCCAGUAAAGGAAAUGGAAAGGGAGUGGUCAGGUAGAUUGGAGGAAAAGCUACCAUUUCCAUUGUAUCAGGGAAGGAGAGAAAGAAACUCCCUCCCUCCCAUUAGGCUGAAAGGCCCAAAAAAAAAAAAAAGAGAAAGUGUAUCUAGCACACUGGAUAGCUAGACAACACCCACCUAAAGCCAUCGGGUCAAAAACAACUGUGCCAAUCUCUGUACUUUCCCUUCUAUUUCAGUUUGCCUCAAGUUCAUCAUUCUAGGGAAACUUGCCUUCUCAAUAAGGGAAGGAAGUUUUCUACUUCUCAUAUUCAGUCUCUUCACUCCAAAUCUAUCUCUUCCAAAGAAAGUUGCUAGUUAUUUUUAUAAAAGUUAUGAGCUACUAUCAGGAAUAAGCAUGAUGAUUCCAAAAACAGCUGGGAAGAUCUGUAUGAACUGCCACAGAAUGAAGUAAGUAGAACUGGAGAACAUUGCAUCCAGUAAUUGCAAUCUUGUAUGAUGAUCAACUGUGGAAACUUGGCUACUCUCAGCAAUGCAAUGAUCUGGGACAAUGUUGAAAGACAUAUAAUGGGGAAUGUUAUCCACCUCCAGAAAAAGAACUGUUGGAGUUGGAUAUUUCACAUCAGUGUAUUUACAGUUUUAUUUUGAGAUUUUGGUUUUGUAUGAGUGUGCUCUUACAAGGACCAAUAUGGAAGUGUUUUUUCAUGAUAAUAAAUGUAUUUUUAAAAAUAAUA